GGUUUGCUUUUUACUUUUUUUCCGUGGAACGAGAAAAUGGGGUCAGAUGAUAAGAUUGAGGGAAUCAAUGGUGGUGGUGAAAAAGCUAGGGUUUCAUUUUCUCUUGACGUCUCAACCUCCCGUGAAGUGAAACCUAGGAGACUGUCGGAGAGUUCGUUGCCCGACGCCUCUGCUAGGGCUAAGCUUCUGAAAUUUGGUUCGCCUUCUGCUAAAUUCAAGAGAAUGACAGAGGAAAGAGAUGAGGUCUCACGCUCAGUGAACAGCUCAAGCAACCACAAUAUCCGCGAAAGAAUCAGUGUGGUGUUUUCCCGGAAAAUCGAGUGGGCUUCCCUGGUUAAAAUGGCUCCUGCGGUUGCAGGUUUGUACACUAUCCUUAGUCCAUUGGGGAAAGAUUAUGAUCCUCAAGGAGACGAGGAGAAUCAAGUGGAGCCUGUGGGAGAAGGAUCGGUUAGUAAUCGCAAGUUAUCUCUGGAGAGAAGAUAUUCGUUUGCUUCCAAGGAUGUGAGUAGCCCUGAAUGGAGUGGUGGGAUUCUUGAUAUAUGGGAAGAUAUCUCAGUGGCUUAUCUCUCUCUCUUCUGCACUUUCUGUGUGUUUGGUUGGAACAUGGAGAGGAUCGGGUUCGGGAACAUGUAUGUCCACAUUGCGACUUUUAUCCUCUUCUGUCUCGCACCGUUCUUUAUAUUCAACUUGGCUGCGAUAAACAUCGACAACGAGAUGGUAAGGGAAGGGCUUGGAUACACAGGGAUCGUGCUCUGCUUGUUUGGUUUGCUCUACGGUGGUUUCUGGAGAAUACAGAUGAGGAAAAGAUUCAAGCUACCGGGUUACAACCUGUGUUGCGGGAGGCCUGCGAUUGCUGAUUGUGCGCUCUGGUUAUGCUGUUGCUGGUGCGCUUUAGCUCAAGAAGUAAGGACUGCGAAUUCUUAUGAGAUUGUGGAGGAUAAGUUGUGCGAGAGAAGAGAAGAGAAGAGCAAGAUUUGUGAGGUUUUGGCAUCUACUGCACUGCCUCGUGAAGAAGACGGUGUGUUUGAUCCGACUUGCUCGCCUAAGAAGAUGACCACCACGACGAUGAUGGCUGGUUCUUCUACUAGCUCGAGUGGACCGAGAGAUGAAAGUGACGAAGCUCUAAGUCCACCUUCUCCACCAUUCAUACACAGAGAAGCUAGAAAAGAUCAAAAGAGUAAACAAUGUAAAAGCAGGAUCUGUUAUGGCGAAUUCGCCAUAAGACUCUCCUCGGAGAAUCAAAGCAGACCCCACAGACCCACCACUCCACGGAGCAAAGUCUUCGUCAAGAAGACGAGAGACGCACAGCUCGUCGGCGAUUACUCCAAUCUCGUUAAGCUGGAGAAGGCGGGAUCGCACUCGGGUUCGAAUCCCGCUCCGGGUUCGGAUCCUAAUCGGGUUCCGCUUGCUCAGGUCGUCGAGGAUUGCGUCAGGCGUUGGUUCCAGGAUACGCUCAAGGAAGCCAAAUCCGGCGACGUCGGUAUGCAGGUCUUGGUCGGCCAGAUGUACUGCAGCGGCUAUGGAAUCCCCAAAGACGAACACAAGGGUCGUGCUUGGAUUAACAAAGCUUCAAGAACUCGAUCAUCAGCUUGGCAAGUGAGUGAUAAGCCUCCAGGUUAUAAUGCAAGCGAUUCAGAUUCCAACGAUAAGAAAGAUUAA